CCGGCGGCGCGUGAUGACGUGUCGUGUUGUGGCGGGAAGCUGUUCGGGCAGAAAGAAGCGAACUAACGGACAGGUUCAGAAAUAAACCGGGUUUUUGAGGUUAGCGGAGGUUUCCAGAGGUCAAACCGGGACUGAGGCUGAAGCAGCAGCGGGGGGACAGCAUGUCCUCAGCGGGGAGAUGGACUGCGACCAGCUGGAGCUCAACCCGAGGAUCACUGCAGCCGUGCGGAGAGCUAAAGUGAAGACUGUGCGGGACGUGAUGUGUGUUUCGGGUCCGGACCUGCAGAGGCUCACCGGUCUGUCCCGCUCCGACAUCCAGCAGCUGAUCCUCGCCGCCGCCGCCGCCUCCAGACGCAGCCGUCCAAUCCCGGCCCUCCUGCUGCAUCGCGGCGAGUGUCGCGGGUUCGAGUCCGGCCUCAGACUCAGCGCGGGCUGUCCUGUGCUGGACCGGCUGCUGGGGGGGGGCCUACCUGUGGGAGGGGUCAUUGAGCUGUCAGGAGAGAGCGGAGCCGGGAAGACUCAGCUGGCCCUGCAACUCUGCCUGUCUGUACAGUACCCUCCCCGCUAUGGAGGGCUGGGCUCAGGAGCGGUGUAUAUCUGUACGGAGGACAGGUUUCCCAGCAGGCGUCUGCAGCAGCUGAUUGGACAACAGGUGUAUCUUCGGUCAGACGUCCCUCCGGCUGAGAUCAGCCGCCUCCGGUUCAGUGACCACGUUUACAUCGAACACACCGCUGACCUGGUGUCCCUGCACACCUGUCUAUCCCGGCGUGUCCCCCUCCUGCUGGCUCGUGGUCUGGUACGUCUCGUGGUCGUGGACUCGGUGGCGUCUCUGUUCAGGUCAGAGUUCCAGGCUGCUGAUUGGCUGGAGAGGACGAGACACCUGCUGACCUUCUCCUCCUGCCUGCAUCACCUGAGCCACGAGUUCAACACACCCGUCCUCUGCAUCAACCAGGUGACGGGUGUGUUCAGCGGCUCCGUCGGCUCUUUGGGUCCCGUGUCUGCCAGCGUGUCUCCGGCUCUGGGGUUGGCGUGGGCCAAUCAGGUGCUGGUGCGGCUGAUGAUGCAUCGUCUUCAGGGGACGGUUUCCCGUGCCGACCAGCGCAGCGCCCUCCGCAGGCUGGAGGUGGUGUUCGCGCCUCACCUGGCCCAAGGCGGCAGGGACGCCGCCGUGUGGACGGAAGGCGUCCGAGGACUCGCGGAGACGCCUCCGUUCGACGCUCCCCUUUAAAAACGUGACUCUGCGUUAAACUCAGCUGUGAGAGCCGACAGCUGCUGGAUGAGUCUGAUGAUGUCACUGAUGGCGUGGCGGUGCGCUCCACGUGGACAAACGUUAUGGACACUUCAGUGUGCUGCAGUUACUCUGCAGCGUGUCGACACCCGGACUGUUAAAACUCGUGUUAUUAACUCAGUUCAACUGUCCAAUCACAAUAAUUUAGAUAAAACAGCUGAAUUAUUAAUUGAACACUGUUCAUUUAUCAAGGCUCCUUAAAACACAUCAAUAGAUCGUAGAUCAAUAGAUCGGAGAUCAAUAGGAAUCUGAUCACAGGAAGGUUUGGUUGUCAUGGAGAUUUAUUAUUCAUUUGUUUUGUUGUCAUUUUGUUUUUCUGUUUAAUUACAAUAAAGUUUUAUUCUCUG